AUGCAGCUGAAUAAUAAUGUGACUGAGUUCAUUCUGCUUGGAUUGACACAGGACCCACUUAGAAAGAAAAUAGUGUUUGUCAUAUUCUUACUCUUUUGUUUGGGAACACUACUGGGUAACUUGCUUAUUAUUGUUACCAUCAAGACCAGUCAGGCACUUCAUAGUCCAAUGUACUUCUUCCUUUUCUAUUUAUCUUUAUCUGAUACCUGCUUCUCUACUUGCAUUGCCCCCAGAAUGAUCGUGUAUGCCCUUUUGAGUAAGGCCACUAUUUCGUUCAGUGAGUGCAUAAUCCAAGUCUUUUCACUCCAUUUCUUUGGCAGCCUGGAAAUCUUUAUCCUUAUCCUCAUGGCUGUUGACCGCUAUGUGGCCAUCUGUAAGCCCCUGCAGUACAAGACCAUCAUGAGCCAUCAAGUCUGUGGUAUGUUGUUGGUUGUGGCCUGGGUGGGAUCCUGUGUGCAUUCUUUAACUCAGAUUUUUUUGACCUUCUGUUUGCCUUUCUGUGGUCCCAAUGUGAUUGAUCAUUAUUUCUGUGACUUGCAGCCCUUGUUGAAACUUGCCUGUUCUGACACUUAUGUGGUCAAUCUUUUUCUGGUGUCAAACAGUGGGGCCAUUUGUACAGUGAGUUUUGUCAUCCUCAUAUGCUCCUAUACUAUCAUCUUGCAUUCACUUAGAAACCACAGUGCUGAAGGGAGGAGAAAAGCUGUCUCCACCUGCAUCUCCCAUAUCAUUGUGGUCAUCUUGUUCUCUGGACCUUGUAUAUUUAUCUACACACGCCCUGCAACCACCUUCCCCAUGGAUAAGAUUAUAUCUGUUUUUUAUACAAUUGGGACACCUUUGCUCAACCCUAUGAUUUAUACACUGAGGAAUACAGAAGUGAAAUAUGCCAUGAAAAAGUUGUGGAGGAAGAGACUGUUCUUAGAUGACCUAAGAUGA